AUGCAGUCCAAGGACGGUUACGCAGAUAGUGAGUUUUCAGAGAGUGAGGACGGCCUUGAUGGGUCAGAAUCUCACUACCAAGAUGAGAACUCUCCUUCACUCGCGGACAGUGAGGAUUCUGGCUCGGAAGACGAUGAUGCCGAUGGUGUACACCAAGGUCGCAAGCGCCGCAAAGUCUCAGUCCACAGUACCGCCGCCAGUUCUCGGGGCUCUCGGAGCUCUCGCCAAAGACGAUCGACAACACAUGCCGCACAGUUGCCGAGCGGGACCCGAACGUCUGGACGCGCCAUUGACAGCCCAACACCGCCACAAGCAACACCAGCUCCGUCCGAGGCUAACAUGAUUCUUGCUCGGUUCGAGGAAUGGCCUCUCGGAGACGUUUUUCUCAAACGCAUCACUGAGGGCGGCAAGGCGACAUUUCAAUUACAGUUUGACUGGGACUCCGAUUUAUGUCAGCCGCAUGCUGGCAGAUCUGUGUCGAACCCAAAGAAGCGCAGAAGGCCGUCUAAGACUUUGCCUUCAGUUGCAAAAUCGCCCGGCGCAAGAUGGACGCCAGAAGAGGAUGAAACUGUGCGCAGGAUGAAACAAGAUGGCGAUUAUUGGGCCACUAUCCAGCACGCCCUUCCGCACCGUUCUCAGGGCACGAUCCAAGUCCGGUACUCGACCAAACUCAGGGGUUAA